UCAGUCAGCUGAUCGGCGUCAUAACCUUUUCCACAAUUGUCCGGCACAACACACCCGCAAAGUGAUCAAGUGUCCCCCCGAAAAUGGGAACAAGGGUGCUCCUCCGCACCUGGAGAACCUUCGCCCAGGGAAAGGGCCCCCAUAAACUCUCCUUCCUCGGUGUUGGAGUCCUGGCAUCGGGAGUGGCCUGGUACCACGGUAAAAGAGAAGCCUCAGCGGCCCGGAAUCAGCUGGACACCUCUAGGUUCAUGGCAGACCCCAUAACACCCACCAAGGACCUGGCAAAGAACUCAGGCGACAUGAAGACGAAAAUGGAACUUCUGAUAAUGAAAAUUCAGUCGGACUUCUGUCGCUCCCUGGAGUCUCUCGAGGAUGGAACGAAGUUCAAGGUCGACAGGUGGUCUAGGAAAGAGGGUGGGGGUGGGAUAACGUGUGUUCUUCAGGAGGGAACGGUUUUCGAAAAGGCAGGAGUCAAUAUUUCGGUUGUAUCCGGUAAUCUUCCACCAGGUGCUGUCAGACAGAUGCGCGCCAGGGGCAAGGAGUUGGACGAGGGGUCACUUCCAUUCUUCGCGGCUGGAGUCAGCGCUGUCAUUCAUCCGAGAAAUCCAAUGGUUCCAACGAUACACUUCAAUUAUCGGUAUUUCGAGGUGACGAAUAAGGACGGUUCAGUGCAGUGGUGGUUCGGUGGUGGAACCGAUCUGACCCCUUAUUACCUGAACGAGGAGGACGCCAGGCACUUCCACAAGACCCUGAAGGACGCCUGCGACGCGCACGACCCGAGCUACUACAAAAAAUUCAAGGACUGGUGCGACAAUUACUUCCUGAUCAAGCACAGGGGCGAGAGGAGGGGCGUCGGGGGCAUCUUCUUCGACGAUCUCGACACCCCGAGCCAGGAAGAGGCCUUUCAGUUCGUCAGAUCCUGCGCGGAGGCUGUCAUCCCCUCUUACGUUCCACUUGUGAAGAAGCACAAAGACGAUGGGUAUGGGUACGCGGAGAGGCAGUGGCAGCUGCUGAGGAGAGGACGAUACGUCGAAUUCAAUCUGAUUUACGAUCGUGGAACGAAAUUUGGGCUUUACACACCUGGUGCACGGUAUGAGAGCAUUCUCAUGUCAUUACCGUUGACCGCCAGGUGGGAAUACAUGCAUGAACCCAGUGGUGACUCGAAGGAGGGGAAACUCAUGGAAGUUCUCAAAGUGCCGAGGGACUGGCUGAAUUUACAGGGGAAAUAGUGGGGAGGACUCUUUCGUUGGGGAUUGAAUAUUAUACUUUCUUGACUAAAUGUUUUUUGUAUUGGAGAUUAUUAUUUUGUUUUGUGAGGAUAGAAGUUGUGGUUUAUUUUACGGAUAUUUUUUAUACAAAUUAUUUCUAUACGAUUUCUACAGGUUUGACCCAAUACGACCCACUGGCACAUGUAUAGAAACAUUUCGUAUGGAGUUGCGGCAUUUUUCUACGUUUUUCUCUGGAGCGUUUAGACAU